GCAAAUUGACUAAUUCCUGGUUUCUGAGCAGCCGCAAAAGGGCCUCGAUCCCGUGCAGGUACCUGAGACCACGUGACCAGCGUAAAGUCAUCAACAAUUUAUAGCAAUGAUACAAUGACAGGCCAACUUGACAUAAUGGCUCGCAGUCUGUGAUCAACUGGAUCAAAAAUCAGAUUUUUGUGUGGCAGAUGGUGUGAUCCAARCAUAAUUUCUCUUGAUGUUCAAGAGSGAAUCAAUCUCUGGCGUUAWUGGRACAAAAKAUAGACACUGAUUGUCAAAAAGAACCAUUAUUUURGUAAAUAAUGAUAUAAAGAYUUCUUAAAGGAAUGUUUUAACGGAUGCCUCGUUUUAAAAGUCAAGUUUUCCAUGGUUUUGGGCCGCUACGAAUCAUUGAAUCUGGAUGCACCUUCACAUAAAGACAUUUACUUUGGCAGAAAUCCUUCUUGUUGUACUGUUAACUUUAGAGGAGAUCCCCGUGUCUAUGUCUAAAGAAGAUAAAAUAUUCGACAUUUUUAAAACGAAAAAUUCGUCGCGAGAGUGCCUUGCGGAUCAGUAUACCAAUGGAUGUAGCGUACCGUUAGGAAUAGCGGCCCCUUAUAAAGGGAGAUUCACUCCAGCGUGCAAUAAACAUGAUAUCUGCUACGGAUGCGGUCAUCAYUUCAAAUGGACACGUGAUCUUUGCGAUGAUGCUUUCCUCGCCGACAUGAAGACCACGUGCAAACAGCUCUUUAGUCACGUGCGCCGAAGGCGAUUCCUAAGCGCUCUUCUAGAGGUCUGGUAUUUCUUCCAAGGCAUAAGCAAAGAGGAAAGACGGUGUAAACUGUUCGCUGAUAUGUACUACAAAGUCGUUAGAACGUUUGGGAAGUCUCAUUUUGAAAUUCGAGACAAUGAUUAUUGCUGGAGCACAUGCGCAGAUAAGCAUGGAAGUCCUUAUGAAGAUUUGUCGCAAGAUUUGUUAUUUUGACCCAGGAUUCUAUUCGGUCCGAUAAUGGUGAUGAAGGACAUGCGCAGAUAAGCAU